UACAACCCACUUUCCAGCAUCAUCAUCAACAAGAUCACCUCCUAUAUAUAAUAUGUGAUCUGUUCUGUGCGUGAUGCUGUGGAAUGUUGUGAAAUGUACCUGAAAGUGAACUAACUGUCAGCUCAGUUCCUUGAUCGGGUUAAUAGGAUGCACAUAAUAGAGCCUCUCUUUCAUUCUGCACGUGACCUGGGCAGUGAGCACGUGACCUGAGUAGUGAGCACGUGACCUGAGCACGUGACCUGUAACACCACGUCACCUCUUUAGCUCAUUUCCCAUACUCAAAAAAUGGAUGACAUGUCAGGUAUGAUAAUCUCAUUCCUGCUUUCUGUUUAAACUUUGUGCUGACUUUACUAGGUCUGGCCCCAUGCCAGCUUUACUUCCAAAGUAUUCCCGGUAUGCUUAUUACGUGAUCUCCUCACAUUUUUCAAUGAUAAGCUCACAAGGGGGGAGAUGAUUGUGGUUCCUCUGAUCAUCCGUGUAACACGAGCCUCUCUCAGUUUUAUUAACGGAUUUUACUUCAACAAGGAUCGUAAAGAUUACAAAAUUAAUUAGUUUUAAAUGAUAAUGUGAUAGCCGGAGAGAGCUCGCAUUCCUGUUUUACACCGCAGGUAAUAUUAUAUUCCACGCCAAACUCUACCUGUUCCCCUUGAAUAUUAUGCUAAAAUUAUGCAUGCUUUCUUUUUCAUUAGUGCUGUGAGGGUGAUCCUUCUAGAAGGCUGACUGGCGUUCUUAGGGUUCCAGUUUUUGUUAUUUUAAUUUGAUUUAUUUUCAUUUGUGUACUGGAAGUUUUACAGGCUGGGAGAUAUUGUUGUUAGUUGCUGCUAGAGCGCACAUAUUUUAGUAACGCCCCUGGCUCCCGUGCCUUUGUGAAUUUGUUUUAAAGAAUGUGAACGCUCGCGCUGUGCAGCGUUGAUGUUUUGUGUUGGGUUUAUUGUUUGAGUUUGAAUGUUGAGUUUGUUACUUUGAUAAUAAUGGAUUGAUUAAUACAUCAUGAGUCAUGACGUAUGAUAAUGUAAACUAAUAUUGUCGUGAUUUUGCUUUUUAGUGGCCUUCUGCUUUUGCUUUCCACAAAUAGCAUUUCUACCCACAACUGUAACUAUAAAUAGCUCACAGUUAUAACUUGUGAGCGAGGGAUAUAAUACAGGAGGUGUUAUUUGUACAGCAGGUCCAAUAUUUGUGAUUUGUUCCCACGACUUUGUAAACCAUACACUGAACAUUGUGUUUGAGUAGCUCACUGCCUCCCCUCUCUCAUACACUCUCUCCCUCUCUAGCGUUACCAUGGCUCAAGCUGUCAAUGUUAUGGACAUUGUAGACUCACGUAGUCAGGAGAUAACUGCUGCAAUGGAGGCGCUUACAACCAACAUGUCAGUCUCCGUCAAACUAUCUAUUCCUUUCUACAUGCGCCGCAGGGCUGCUAGUCAUAACCCUAAACGGCUCCCUGCUAGAGUGAGACCACCUGAUGCGGGGAAGAGCAAGGCUAAGUUCAAAUGGAAGAAGAGAUCCGGGAGGAAGGAUGAAGAUUGUGUAAAGACUGAUGAUGACAAGAGUGGAGAUAAGAAAGCAAAGAGAUUAGAAACACACUUGUGGCACGCUAAAAGAUGUCACAUGACGGACAGGUGGGGUUACAGAAUAGCAGAGUGUAGCACUCAAAAAGGUGCAAGAGCAGCACACCGCGCCACCAACACAGCUACUACAAUACAGGACACUAGUUUCCACCAGUGGGUAUCCCUCACUGGACAGUCUCUACACAGUUCUCUAACUAACACUCUCGUUCCCAACUACCUUGCUCUAGAUAGAGUCACGUGUUCACAUGUGUAUCACGAGGGAGUGUGUCUGGGACCUGCUAGAGUGUACUGGGUGAGUGAACACACUGUGUUUCUGUGUCUCCACCCCGGUAUACCCCACCACACUGACCUUGCCACGGUGUUCACUGGUCUCUCCUACACGCCCCACACUGAUACCUUAUCUCAGUUCACACUGCAGGGGGUCAGGUCGUUAGAACUCCUCGUUAAAUCCCUUGUUUUAUCAGAUAACACGGACAGUGUUGUGAAGGAGAUCUGGGAGGAGUUGUCUGAGAACCCCUUCUGUUAUGAUGUGAUGGGAGGCGCUGCACUGGGCUGUAGAGUUGUCAUACGUCCACCUCAACAUAGAAACUUUGUGUCUGUAUUAGACGCUGAGAUAGCACAACCAGCACACAGACUCAGUCCAGACAGUAGUCUGUGUGGAGGGCUCCUCUUCAGAUCAGUUCUAGGUGAUAAAACAGAUAACACUGACAGUCAUCAAACAGAUAACACUGACAGUUAUCAACCUGAUAAGACAGAGGAAACACUGCCGUGUUGCAUUUACAAAGACCCAGAGACGGGGUCUCUGACAGUUUUGUUACCACGUGGUACUGGUACCCGAGUCUGGAUAUCUCUAAUCUACAACGGGGCCAGGGUUAUAGGACUCCGGGACUCACAUUCCUUACAUUCCGACAGGAGUAUUCCCUGUUUCCCAGCUGAUUACCCGGACACCCUGGCAGGGAGAAUUUACCUGGAGGAGGAGGGGAGGGAGAAGGAGGGGCUGGAGAUGAGGAGACCUCCCCAGAAACGAGUCAGAUAUGAGGAGUUGGGGAUAUUAUCUCCGUUUGUAUCAGACUGGGGAGCCGUGUGUGGAGGUGAGGUUAUCUAUGUAAUCAGAAGUCCUGCUCUGUUGAACAAAUUGGAGAGUCUACCUUCAGAGAUGGGCUCUAACUUUGUUACUGUGUCUGUUACUUGUGUUAAACGUGGGAACAUCCGUCCUGGGGCUCAAAUCUACUACCUCGACCAAACCACAUCACGUGAUCAGAAUACAUCACGUGAUCAGACUAAACCACGUGAUCAGACCACAUCAGGAGAUCCUGUGUACAGUUCAGAAGACAAGUACCCGCUAGUAGGUUACGUUACAUCAGGUAAAUACUGUCUUGCUACUGGUGGAGGAGCUGGCAUAGCUCUGAUCCUAACUAGUAUUUACAAGAAGAUAGGAGAAGGAGGAGUAUUAUUGGUCAGGAAUACCACAAGUAAACAGUACCGUCAUGUUCGUGUAACUGUGGUGAAAUAGCGGUGCUUGUACGUGGUUUUAGAAACUCACGAGUAUUUCUGUGUUUGCUGUUAAAGGAAAGUUUUUAUUUGUUUUAUUUUAAAACUGGGUUUUUAAGUUAAAUGAAUUUCACCAGUGUUUUAGGGAGGGUAAUUUAUUAAUAUUUAAAUAUGUAAUUUGAUUAAAUUCUAUGUUAUAGAUUUUCGAAGCUUAUUAUCGUAUCGCAUUACACAUACCUCCACCUUCAUACCAUAUGAUGUUGUACUAUGUGCGGAAUUUAAACCAUGUGAUGUUGAAAUAUUUGAUACAAAUGAUACGCUACUCCUGGAAUUUGAACUCCACUUCGUUUACAAUUACUAAUUAUCCAGUCACACAACCUCUCAUUCAAGUUUCUUUGUGAAUGCUUUUGCCGCCUCUGUAGAUGUCACUGUUCUCCUUAUCGCUC